AAAGUUUUGGUGUGAAAUGAACGUUGAAGAAUGAUGAAGAAAGGAACACGAAAAGUAGGGAAGUAUGAGGUUGGGCGAACAAUUGGCGAAGGAACAUUCGCCAAAGUUAAGUUUGCGCAUAAUACAGACACCGGAGAGAGCGUGGCCAUGAAAGUUUUGGCCAAAACCACCAUUCUUAAGCACAGAAUGGUUGAUCAAGAGAUAUCCAUAAUGAAGAUUGUUAGACAUCCUAACAUAGUUAGGUGGAAUGAGGUCUUGGCUAGUAGUACAAAGAUAUAUAUUAUUCUUGAGUUUGUAAGUGGAGGAGAACUCUUUGAUAAAAUUGUUCACUGUCAAAGACUACCCGAGAAUGAAUGUAGGCGGUACUUUCAACAGCUUAUUGAUGCUGUUGCUCAUUGUCACAGUAAGGGUGUAUACCACAGAGACCUAAAGCCUGAAAAUCUUCUUCUUGACUCUUAUGGAAAUUUGAAGGUUUCUGACUUUGGCUUGAGUGCAUUACAACAGCAAGGGGCUGGACUUCUCCACACAACAUCUGGAACCCCAAAUUAUGUUGCACCAGAGCUGCUCAGCAACCAGGGUUUUGAUGGCGCGGCUGCUGAUGUGUGGUCAUGCGGAGUCAUUCUCUUUGUGAUAAUGGCUGGGUAUCUUCCAUUUGACGAGAUAGACCUUCCAACCUUGUACAAAAAGAUUAAUGAUGCCCAAUUUUCUUGUCCAUUUUGGUUUUCUUCUGGGCCAAAAUCAUUAAUACAGAAGAUUCUUGAUCCCAAUCCUAUAACUCGUAUUCAAAUUGAGGGAAUUAAAAAAGAUCCAUGGCUUGCGAAGCAUUACGUUCCCGUGAGACCUAGAGAAGAAGAAGUGAAUUUGAAGGAUGUUCAUGCAGCUUUUGAUGACAUUGAGGACCAGUAUGUAGCUGAGCAGUCUAUCGCCGAUGAGGGGGGUCCCCUGAUAAUGAAUGCAUUUGAGAUGAUUACGCUAUCCCAAGGCUUGAAUCUAUCAGCUUUAUUUGACAGGCAACAGGAUUAUGUAGAACGGCAAACUCGAUUUGUAUCACGCAAACCAGCAAGAAUUAUAAUCUCAAGUGUUGAAGCUGUUGCAGAAUCAAUGGGUCUCAAAGUUCAUACACGUAAUUACAAGACAAGACUUGAGGGAAUAUCUGCAAAUAAGGUCGGGCAAUCUGCGGUUGUCCUGGCGGUUUUUGAAGUUGCACCAUCCCUGUUCAUGGUAGAUGUUCAAAAAGCUGCUGGAGAUACUCUUGAAUAUCACAAGUUCUACAAGAAUUUCUGUGCUAAACUAGAAAAUAUCAUCUGGAAACCAUCGGGGGGUCUUGCAACUCCCAGUUUUCUUAGAUCAAUGACUUGCUGAUCCUUUUUCUGUGGAUGUGAUGCAAAUCUUUGAGCAAAUGGGCCUAAGGAAGCUAUUCCUCUUCUGCUAAGCUUCUCCAACCUUCUGUCUUACCAUAAAAUUGUCUGCUGCGUACGAAUCGGUUUCAGGGUUUAUCGA